AGGCAUGAAGCUUUGUCCUCGGAUUGGGGAGGCAGCAGCACGAGCGCGCGUUCGCCGUGCUAAGAGUUUGGAGGCAGCCAAACGAUGUCAAAGUGAAGCAGAGGCCGAAGCGCGAGCUGCUGCAAGAGCUGAAGCUGCAGCUGCCAUUGCAGCGCAUCGAAAACGUGCUGCACGACGGGCCGCGUCUGAAAAGAGGGCACGGCGCUGUGCAAUGAGACAGGAAGAGGAGCUUCACUCCUUGGCUGCUAUGCGGCGCGAAGAGCAGCGGUGCAUGGGCCUUCGGUAUGCGAAAAGCGCGAACCGAAGAGUGGAGAGCGAGCGCAUACGUCGAGAGGACCUUACGAGAAAGGUUUUGGCUUCGCUCCAUGCAGAGCAAGCUGCUCGUCGGGAGGCAGAACUUCGGAAGGGCCAGGAGCUGCAACAAAGAUGUCAGGAUGCGGACUUUGCGCAUUGCAAAGCACUCGUUGAAAGCCGAAGAAGGAGGACCUACGCUUUUCGUUUCUUUUUUGAGGGGGGUAGGCCGCUAGCAGAGGUAGGAAGUAGCUAGUAGGGAGGGGUCGCUAGUAGCUACACGUAAGAUACUAGUAACUGGACGCAGGAUAGCGCUCGCACUAAUGAUUUGGUUCCUAGAUUUUUAGGGAAACUUAAGGUUGGAGGCCAUCGCUAUUAAUUAGGUGGGAGGCCAUCGCUAGUAGGUUGGAGGCCAUUUUGGAGUCCAUUACUACUAGUAGGAAGAAGCUACUAGGUUGGAGGCCAUCGCUAGUAGGUUGGAGGCUAUUACUACUAGUAGGAAGAAGCUACUAGGAACAAAGGCUUCUAUUUCUUGAUUGUAGAAUCAUUGAGCCUCGAGCCUCGUUUCAUACGUCGAGCUGCAAUCAGGCAUGGUUCAACACCGCCUAGAAACUCCAGCUUUCACUUGCCUCCGAUCGACAAAAGAGGCCUGGUACCAGAAGAACUUGCUUGAGUCGAUCCAACGCGGGCUCAAAGACAAUGGAUGCUACAAAAGCAACGAGGACGUGUUCAAAGCAACAAUUUCUGAAAGACAUCUUUUCAAAGACAUGACCUCGCCACUGGGGUUAAGAUAGCCACACAAGGCCUGGUUGAACCAAGAGUGGCUGACGUUUGGUCUUUUGCAGUGCAAGAGUUUCACAAAUCACACUUUGUCCUAAAUGCGGCUGCGGUCAAAAGGAAAAG